AUGUUCCACGAUCUGACUAACGUGACCCAAAGCAAGCGUCAGGUGCAUCCUCAUCACAUGCAUGAAUCUGACAUGGAGGUAGCGGCGCGAAUGACGGCACCGGUAUUUACUACUGAUGAAGGCAUCGCAGAAAAGUUGGACCAACUCUCCCGUAAAGUGGAUGCUAUUUAUGGACUUAUGCUGCACCUGGUUCAGCAAAGGCAAUUACCCACCGCACCUGAGUUACUAACCUCUACAUCACAAACCUCAACAAUCGAAGCUGUGCAUCCCGCCUUUCCUGAAGAGGAGCCCAACUUUGUUUCGAUGCUGAGUAGUGCCAUGCCACACGCUACGCACUCUGCCCCUCAGUUCUUUGAAUCUCCUACCCAUGAUCCACUUACCAGUGGGACGAUAGACACCGUUACGACUCCGAUGGUUUCCACAAGGGACAAGGAGGAGGAGCACAUAAAAGCUACCGAUAACAAGAGGGCCCUAUCAAACCCACAGUCCUCGAGUGCCACUCGUGGAGAUGAUCACAACAGCUGGAAGAGACACGACUGCUUCAUUUUGUUGGUCGAAUUCAAAUGCCAACGCAUGAAGCGGUGCGUGAGCAGUUCCUUCAUCACACCCGGACAGUACGCUAUUGUACAGGGAGACCGCGGCCACGAUUGUGGUGUUGUCAACCAAUGCAGUGAAUGGAAUGCUGAGAAGGGCUGCAUCGUCCGUGAAGAGAGUUUUGACGGCAAUGUGACGAAUGUGGUGCGGAUGAAGGGUGAAAUGGGUCGAGUAUUGCGCGUGGCAACGGAGGAGGAAGUGGAGCGCCUUUUCGGGGAGAUCUCGCGCAAUGAGAAUCUGGCCUUAAAGACAUGCCGCGAGAUUGUAGCGCGCCUUGGGCUCGACAUGGAUGUCGUUGAUUGCGAGUAUCAAUUCGAUCAACAGAAGAUCAGUUUCUACUACGAGGCAUCCCGCUCUAUUGAUUUCCGGCAGCUGAACAGUGAGUUGUUCCGCAUCUUCGGUGUCCGCAUAUGGCUUCAGAACGUGAACAAUUCCGUGAAGAAUGUUGUUCCAGCUGGAGCCAUGUCACGGGAGGAGAAAACGCAGUACCAGAAGAGUGGCCUCCGCCCUCCAACGUACAAAUAA